UAUCAUUGUUCAGGACUUAUAUGAUAGAGUGCAGAGGCUUUCAAGGAAAAGACGGAGAACGCAUUUUGACAGUCGGUAAUGUCUAAACUAUAUAUAUCCCAUUGAUUUUGAAUAUGCGCUGGCAAGUGGCGUUCACCUGAAGCUCCAGGUAAACACAGGUAAAACAAUUGAAAAAUUUGUAUGAGGAGGAGAAAGAGAGAGGCGAGGUCGACCGCAUACCAUUGCCGAUCCUUGUGACUGUCGUUUAUGACUUGUGAUCACUCUCCAGGGCACUCUCUUCGUAGCCGAUAUUUUUAAAAAUAAUAUCUCUUCCAACAAAUAAAUAUCUGCAAGGUAUCUAUAUUUUACUGUGUCAAUAAAUACAUAUUUUUUUUAUUGUGCAAGUUGUCUCGUCGUGAGUGAUCGUUAAUCAAGUGUCCAAUUGUUUUACUCCAAAAUUAUAAAAAUUUAUAUCUCUCUCUCUCACUCUGUGCAUUUUUUUAUGCACAAUUAAUUAAAUCAUUACAAAAUUUAUAUAUCAAGGAUUAUUAAAAUUUACAUGACAGUGAUUUUUCGUUGACAAUAUUGUGUUGAGUAAAAAAAAAAACAAGUGGUUUUUUUGUUGAGUGAUUUUUUUUUUUUCUGCUGAUUGUCAUAUUGACUCUUUUUUUGUAACUUGAUUUUUGGAGUUAAGUUUUGCUAACAAGCUGUCAGUGAUUUAUUAUACCAUUGAUCUUCAGUCAACAAGGUAAAAUGACAGGAUGAUAAUGAUGUCCAUAAAAAUCAAUAACUAGUCGCAUCAUCAACGACAAUGUACAACGAGUGGCAUACGGGUGAGCUGGUGUGGUUUGAUCCAGGAGUUGGUUAUGUAUUACCAGGUGAAGUUUUGGAGUAUCAUCGAGCUGCAAAUGUAUUAUCUGUUCAGGCAGUUAUUACUGGCAAGCCACAAACUUUUACUCUUACAAACCUUAAUGGAGUACGACCGAGACAAGAUCUUGGUCAAAAUGGUGUUGAAGAUAUGAUUCAAUUAAAUGAUUUAAAUGAACCUUCUUUACUUUGGAAUUUAAAAAUACGAUAUGACAAAGAGCUCAUUUAUACUUAUACUGGUAGUAUCCUGAUUGCAGUUAAUCCAUAUAAAAUGUUUGAUAUAUAUGGUUUAGAUCAAGUAAAAUUAUAUGAAGGUAGAAUACUUGGUACCCUGGCACCACAUUUAUUUGCUGUUGGUUCAUCAGCAUAUAGCCAAGUAUCAUCAGCAAAUAAUUCAAGUGCAAAUCAAGUUGUUGUUAUAUCAGGUGAAUCUGGAUCUGGUAAAACAGAAUCAACAAAACUUGUUAUGCAAUAUUUAGCUGCUGUUAAUCGUGCACCAAGUAAUUUAGUUACUGAACAAAUAUUAGAAGCAGCACCAUUACUUGAAAGUUUUGGUAAUGCUAAAACACCAAGAAAUGAUAAUAGUAGUCGUUUUGGUAAAUAUUUAGAAGUACAUUUUCGUGAUGGUGUUAUUGUUGGUGGACGUAUAACACAAUAUUUACUUGAAAAAAGUAGAAUUGUAACACAAGCACAAGAUGAAAGAAAUUAUCAUGUAUUUUAUGAAUUAUUAGCUGGUCUUGAUCAACAAUUACGUGAUAAAUAUGGUUUAUUAACACCAGAUAAAUAUUUUUAUUUAAAUCAAGGUGGUAAUUGUAUUAUUGAUGGUAAAAAUGAUACACAAGAUUUUAAAUCAUUAUUAUCAGCAAUGCAAGUACUUGGUUUUACAUCUGAUGAACAAGAUACAAUAUUUAGAAUAUUAUCAAGUGUAUUACAUUUAGGUAAUGUUUAUUUUCAUCGUAAACAAAUGAGACAUGGACAAGAGGGUGUUGAAGUUGGUUCUGAUGCUGAAAUACGUUGGGCAGCACAUUUAUUACAAAUAAAUAGUGAUGGUAUAAUACGUGCAUUAACAACAAAAACAACUGAAGCUAGAAAUGAACGUGUAUUAACAGCAUUAAAUAUUGAUCAAGCACUUGAUGCUAGAGAUGCAUUUGCUAAAGCAUUAUAUUCAUCAUUAUUUUCAUGGCUUGUUGCACGUGUUAAUCAUAUUGUAUAUAAAGGAACAAAACAAACAUCAGCAAUAUCAAUACUUGAUAUAUUUGGUUUUGAAAAUUUUAAUGAAAAUAGUUUUGAACAAUUAUGUAUUAAUUAUGCAAAUGAAAAUUUACAUUUUUAUUUUAAUAAACAUAUAUUUAAACUUGAACAACAAGAAUAUGCUAAAGAAAAAAUUGAUUGGACAACAAUAACAUAUACAGAUAAUUUACCAGUUAUUAAUUUAAUUGCUAAAAAACCAGUUGGUAUAUUACAUUUAUUAGAUGAUGAAAGUAAUUUUCCAAAAGCAAGUGAUUUAUCAUUUCUUGAAAAAUGUCAUUAUAAUCAUGCAUUAAGUGAAUUAUAUUCACGUCCACGUAUGAAUUCAGCUGAAUUUGCAAUAAAACAUUAUGCUGGACAAGUAUGGUAUAAUGUUGAUGGUUUUUUAGAUAAAAAUCGUGAUACAUUAAGACCAGAUGUUGUUGAAUUAUUAAUAAGUAGUAAAAUACAAAUGGUUAGUAAAAUGUUUCAACAUGUUAGAAAUUCACAUGAAGCAAAUAAAACAAUAAAUAAACCAAAUGGUAGAUUUAUAACAAUGAAACCAAGAACACCAACAGUAUCAGCACGUUUUACAGAUAGUUUACAACAAUUAUUAGAAUCAAUGUCACAAUGUAAUCCAUGGUUUGUACGUUGUAUUAAACCAAAUAAUGAUAAAUCACCAAUGAAAUUUGAUACGCCAUGUGUAUUAGAACAAUUACGUUAUACUGGAAUGUUAGAAACAAUACGUAUACGUAAAACUGGUUAUCCAGUUAGAUUAUUAUUUGGACAAUUUGUUGAUCGUUAUCGUUAUUUAAUAUCAACACGUUUACCACGUGGUUCACCAAAUAAAGAAUUAUGUCGUAUUAUAUUAGAUAAAGCAGCACCAGCUGAUGCACAUGAUCAAUAUCAAUUGGGUUUAGCAAGAGUAUUUUUACGUGAAUCACUUGAAAGAAAUUUAGAAUAUAAUCGUGCAUUAAUACUUGAACGUGCUGCAAUAACAGUACAACGUUAUACAAGAGGUUUUCUUGCACGUCGUAGAUUUAUUAAUAUAUCAAAAAGUGCUAUAUUUUUACAAGCUGUUUAUCGUGGUUAUAGAGAAAGAAAAAAUUAUAAACAACUAAAAAAAGCUGUAUUAAUUGGACAAAAAUUAUGGCGUGGUAAAAUACAACGUAAUAAUUAUUUAAUAUUAAAACAAGAAAUGUAUAAACGUGCUGAAAUUGAAAAAGCAAGUAGAGAACGUGCUAAAAUUAAACAACAAAGAGAAGAACAAGAACGUGUAUCAAGAGCUGUUGCUGGUGUUAAUCAUCUUGAAAUACCAGCUGAAUUAGCAUUUAUAUAUAGUAAACUUGAUGAUUGGCAACAAAUUCAUACUGAAAGAAAUUUAUUAAAAGUUGUUGGUACAGUUGUACAAAAAUAUAAUAGUAAUAAUAAAUCCACAUCAUUAAAAUUACCAACUGAUAUUGAUCAACAUCAAUUUUCAAAAUUUACAAAUAUAUAUUUUAAAAGUCAUAUAUUUGGUAUGAAACGUGAACCAAUUAAAACACCAUUUUUAGCAAAAUCACGUGAUCAAGAUUAUACUGAUUCAUUAAUGAUAUUUAAAAUGAUAUUACGUUUUAUGAAUGAAAAUAAUUUAAGUGGUAAAAAAGAACAAGCACUUGGUGAUUAUAUUGUUAAUAAAGGUAUUAUUAAUGAUAAAUUAAGAGAUGAAAUAUUAUGUCAAUUAUCAAAUCAAACAUGGAAAAAUGAAAAUGAUCAUAAUAAAGAAAGAGGCUGGUUAUUAUUAUCAAAUUGUUUAUCAGCAUUUCAACCAUCACCAAUAUUAUUUAAAUAUUUAUUAAAAUAUGUAUCAGAUCAUGCACAUAAUGGAUAUAAAUCAUAUUGUCAACAUAAAUUAUUACAAGGUGAACGUACUGUUAUUAGAAUUAUGAAUAAUAAUCAAUUAUCAUGGCAUCAUGUACCAAGAAAUUAUCCACCUUGUGUAUUAGAAUGGCGUGCAAAUAGAAAUCGUGUUAAUAUGGCACUUAAUGUUGGUUUUUAUGAUGGUGAAACAACAACAUGUGCUAUUGAUUCUUGGACAACAUGUGAAGAACUUGCUAAUGCAGCUGUUAAUAGUCAUGGUGUUGAAAAUAGUGGAUGGACAAUUGCACUUUGGAAUCAAAUUGAUAAUUCUGAUGCAAUUGUUACUGAAACAAAUGGUUUUGAUUAUGUACUUGAUUUAAUUGCUGAAAUGGAACUUGCACCAGCAUUUCCAGCAGCUAAACAUAUGUUUUUGGAACAACGUAAAAAUAGUUUUCAUCAAAUUAAAAAGAAAGAGCAUAUUCAAGUUGUUCGUGAAGUGGAUCAAGACAUGGAUAUUAUUUCAGUGCCAGUAUUAAAGACUUUUCAACCGCUUGAACGAAAACCAGCGGUAUCUAAGGUCGCUGUUGUUGUUGAUAAGCCGGUUGAACCGGAAAUACAAUCACCAAGAAGACCAGCAGUACCACCACCACAACCACCAGUUGUUAAAUCACCAACGAGAAAACAGUCUCAUGAACCAGUUCUUGAAACUUCUGGUGAAAUUGGUUUAUCCAGAAAAUCAGCAUUAAAUGAUCGUUAUUUUGAAAAAGAAAAACAACGUAGUCGUAGUUUAGAUAAUUUACUACAAUCUGAAAUAAUACCAUCACCAAGUAAAUUAGUUAAUCUUGGUCUUUCAACAUCACGACUUAAUGAUAGAUAUCAUAGUCUUGAAAGAAUUAGUAACCCAUCAACAGUUAAUAACAGCAAUAAUAAUAAUAAUUCCGAAUACAUGAGUCGUUCAGAAAUAUCACAAGAACGUAAAUAUAGUAGAAUUGGAAGAAGUACUGAGCCAAAUAUUGUUGAAGAAGAAGAUUUAACAAUUGAUUUUGAAUAUCCUGAUAUACAAUCAGUUAGUCAAACUGGAAGAUCUGAAGAUGAUAAAAGUAGUUAUAUGAGAUCACAAACAAGAUUUAUUAAAUCACAAUAUCCAAGUAAACGUACACUACCUGGUAGUCAAUCAUCUAGAGCAUAUAUUGAAAAAAGUGAAUAUGGUGUUAAAUCAUCAGCAAUGUCAGAUACAAGUGAAGCACCAUCAUUAGCAUCACAUGUACGUCGUGUACGAGUACCAAGUCAAGCAUCUGAUGUUGAUCAAUUUUUAGAUGAAUUAUUUAUGCCAGUACUUGAUGGUAAUUUAGAUGAAUUAUCUGAUGCAAGAAGUUUAGCUGCAAGUAUUAAAGGAACAAUUAAAAAAACUGAAAAUAAUAUACAAGAUUAUUUAGAUAAUUUAUGUGGUAAUUUAAAUAAUAAUAAUAAUAAUUUAAAUGCUAAAGAUUUAUCAAAUAAUAUAAAAGGUGGUGGUGGAAAUAUGGAUAUUCCAAAUCAAAAUACAGCAUUUAAUUUUAGUCCAUUAUCACCGGGUAUGAUGUCACCACAAAUGAUGAUGCCAAUGUAUCAUCAAUCAUCACCAUCAUCACAACCAUUAACAAAUGGACAAAAUUCUUCUUAUUUACCAAUACCAAUAUAUAAUAUGCAAGGUUUAAAUAUGCCACAAUAUCCACAAGAUUAUUCACCACCAAAUAAUCAAAAUCCUGAUAUUGCAGCAUAUCAACAAAAUUUACAACGUGCAUUUUUACAAAGUGCAAUGGCACAAAAUUUACAAAUACAACAACAAUUAUUAGCACAAAAUCAAGCAUUUCAACAAUUACUUGUACAAAAUAAUAAUAAUAAUAGUAAUGGUACACAACAAAGUAUAUCAUUUGAUAAUGAACAACAACAAUCAAAUAAUAAAAUAAUAACAUCAACACCAACAAAUCAACGUUUAGAUAAAGUUACAGUUAAAGCACAAGUUCAUAGAUCACAAAGUCCACCAAAAAAAGAUAUUAUUAGUAGAAAAAUAAGUAAUGAAUAUACAUCAAGAAAAAUAAGUAUUGAAAGAAAAUUAUCAUCAACACCUGAUUUAAAAAAUAAAACAACAAACUCAGGUAAAGGUAAUAUACAAAAUAAUUUUACAAAUGUAUUGAGUGAAUUAAAAAAUCGUAAAAGUAGUACAGAUAGUAAUAAUUCACCAAUAAUUAAUGGUAAAAGUGGUAUAAUACCACCACCACCACCACCACCAAUGCCACCACCACUUGAUGGACAUGAUCCAUCUGAAUCACGUCCAUUUCUUGAUCCAUAUGGACGUGCUAAAACUGUUAGAAUUGGAAAAUGGAGAUGGCCACCAUUGAGUGAUUCAAAUGAAGCACAAAUACAAGAUUCAUUUACUGAAUUUAAAUUACGUCAACAUCAACAUCAAAAUCGUAAAAUAACACCACAAUAUCAAGAAUAUAAUGAUCAGGUAGAUAAUGGUGCUGAUACAAAUACUGAUGCUGGUAGUGUUGAUUGGGAAGAAUUUGAAAUUGAAAAUAUAAGUGCUGAAAAAAUUGAAAUACAUACAACAACACAAUCACCAUCAUCAUCAGCAGCAGUAACAGCAGCAGCAAUAACAGCAACAACAACAACAACAGCAAUAAAUGUUACAACAACAAAUGGUUAUAAAGAAGAAAGUAAUAAUAAUAUUAAUGGAAUUGGUGAAAAAAAGAAAAAAGGUAAAUCAUCAAAAUCAGGAUUUGAGGUCGGUGCACAGAGACCAUCACCAGGAAGUAUUGGUAAACUUAAAUUGAGCUCAGAAAUGCGACAACGUCUAGAGAAAGUGACUGCCAAUCACAGUGUUAGAUCAACAAAACCAAAUGAAAAACCGGCAUUGCCGCGGGAUGAUAUAAAGGUCAAUAGACUUGAGGAUAAUCGUAAACUUUUACUUCAACAACAAUUAAGUGGAAGAUGGGAUGAUUAUGCUUCAACAGUAGAUGAUACACAGAGUGUAACAUCAAAAGGCACAACCGACAUGAUGACCCAGGCACAAGUCGUGAGAACCCAAAUUGAACGUAUGGAGAGUCGUCCAGUUCCACCACCACCUCCAAUAUCACCUCCACAACCACCAAGUCCACGUGGUGGUAGUGUAUACAGCAACAGUCAAUCUGGAGUUCCACAACCUCGUUCACCACCAGCUCCAAUUGAGCCAAAAAAUAAUCGUGAAAAUUAUCGUACAUCACCAGAUUCAGAUGUAACACAUGAUCAUUUUACUAAAAAUUUAAAUAUGUUUAGUCAAAGUAGAGAUAUAUUUGCAUCACAACAACAUUUACGUGAUGGACAAGAACAAAAAACAAAAGAUAUUUAUGGUAAAGAUAAUACAGAUAUGACAAGUACAACAAGAUGUAGUGAUAGAAAUUCAGAUUUUGAUUCAAGAAGAGAUUUAAAUUCUGAUAUAUUUGAUAAAUAUUCACGUGAUAUAUUUGAUAAUUCAAAAAGAGAUUCAUUUGGUAUGGUACGUGAUUUAUCACCAAAAUCACGUGAUAGUUUUGGUAUACCAUCAUCACGUGAAUUUGGUGUUGUACCAAAUACACGUGAAUCAUUUGUUGUUGCAAGACAAAGUUUUAAAAAAAUUGAAAAUGAUACUGAUAGACGUUUAAGUAUUGCAUCAACAAAUCGUACAGAUAAAUUAGAAAGAAUUGAAAUUGAAGAAUGGCCAGAAUUUUUAAAACCCGUAUUACCACCAGCUGAAAAACCAGAAAUUGAAAAAGUACAAGAAGCUAUUGAUACUAAAUUAUAUCCACCAGCAUCAACAACACAUUUUACAUAUAAUCGUGUAUCAUGGACAUUGAGAGUUAAAAAAGAAGUAUUUUUACCAAAUGAAAUACUAACAAGUCCAUUAUCACUUCAUAUGGUUUUUUGUCAAAUAGCAUAUGAUGUAUUGGCAACAUCAAAUAUACGUAUAACUAAAGAUGAACGUCAAAAUAUGCUUAAAUUACUUGAUAAUUAUGGUGUUACAUUAGAUAAUUUACAAAGUACACAGCAUAAAAUAACAAUUAAAAAAAAUGUCAUUGAUAUGGCUAAACAAUGGCCAUUAUAUUUUUCAAGAAUAUUUCCAGUAUCAAUUGGUCCACAACAUCCUGAAGUUCAACAUAUUGCUGUAUCACAUCAUGGUUUACGUCUUAUUAAACGUACAUCAAAUGGUGAAUUAAUUAUUCUUGAAACUUUAUUACUUGAAGAUAUUGUUGCUGUUGGAUCAUCAAGAGCUGGUGUUUGUACAUUAACAGUAUCAUCUGGUGUACGUCUUCAAUUACAUACAGUACGUGCACCACAACUUGCAGAAAUGAUUGGAAAUUUUAUUCGUCAAGUUGAACAAAAACCUCAAAAGUCUAUUCAUCAUGAUAAUCAUGUGUCACAUAUAUCAAAGUCAAUACAAAAUCAUGGUAAUUCUCAUGUACAUCAUAAUCAACAACAGCAUCAACAUCAACAUCAUCAACAACAUCAACAACAACAACAACAACAUCAUCAUCAUCAACAGGAACAACAACAACAGCAACAGCAUCAUCAUCAUCAUAUGAAUCGUGAAAAUAAUCAAUCACCAAUAAAUCGUGUUUCUAAUCAACAUUCAACAACAGUUUUACAAUCAAAUGGUCAUUCUAAAAAUCAACGUAAUACACAAAUUCAUAAUUCAUCAACUGGUGGACAAGAAUGGCGACAACCAGAGGAUAUAAAUAAAUCACCAGAUGAAGAACUUUAUCCAGAAUCAGUUGUCAAUGAUGGAAAACAUUCAUUGUUGCAAUAUGCUAUGCUGAAUUUUCGACAAUCAACUGAAAAAUUUGAGAUGAUGAAAACAGCUGAUGGUUCAAUAAGUGGAUCACUAAAAGUUAUUGAAUCAUUAAAAAAUAAAAAAAAAAGUAAAAAAAAUAAAAAUCAAGAAAAAGAUGGUGCUGAAUGGACAUGGAAAGAACAAGUUGAUCUUGUUAAAUAUUCACCAGUACCAAUUGAACAAAGUUUACUACGUCUUGAUAAUGAAUUAAGUUCACUUGCUGCUGAUUGUUUUUUGUGUCUUAUGCGUUACAUGGGUGAUCAACCAUUGCCCCCGGAUAUGAGUGAAGUCAAAUGCGUUUAUACAAUACUAAUGCACUGUCAUAAAUUUGAGCCACUACGUGAUGAAGUAUACUGUCAAUUAAUGAAACAAACAACAAAUAAUAAAAGUGUUAAUCCAGACAGUUGUCAAAGAGGCUGGCGUUUAUUUAGCAUUGUUGCUGCAUAUUUUACAUGUAGUGAAGGUUUAAGACCAUAUUUAAUUAAGUAUUUAGAAACAGCUGCUUAUGAUAAAAGACGUGCUUAUCAUGGUACAGCAACUGUUUGUUUACAAAAUUUACGUAAAACAGUUAAAUAUGGUGGUAGAAAAAAUGUACCAAGUGUUGAAGAAAUAAUGGCAAUAAGUGCUGGAAGAAAUGCUAAAAGACAAAUAUAUAGAUUACCUGGUGGUACUGAAAGAGUUAUUAAUACAAAAUGUACAACAGUUGUUCAGGAUGUUAUUGAAGAAAUGUGCAGUGUCAUAUCCGUGAGAAAUCCACAUGAAAUGGAUGAAUUUUCUUUGUAUUGUAUUGUUGAUGGUGAUGCUUUUACAAUGCCACUUGCAAGAGAUGAAUAUGUCCUUGAUGUCACCACAGAACUUCACAAAAAUCAUCAAGUUUUUUAUUUAAUAUUUUGCAGAUCUGUUUGGUAUUAUCCACUCAGACUUGAUGCGGCCUUGUAUAUAGAAGUGGUUUUCAAUCAAAUUGCCCCAGACUAUUUGGAAGGUCUUUUGUUGGUCAUUCUAGAUGAACAUUUGCCACAAGAAGAUAUUUAUGACAUGGCCCAAAUUGCUGCACUUUUACAUAGAGCUGCUGAUAUGGGACAUGAGCCAUCAACUAAAGAAAUAAAAUAUCUUUUACCAAAACCAGCAUUGAGUCUUCGUGAACCAAGGCCACAACAAUGGGGCAGUAUGGUUCAACAAGCUUGGAAUAAUAUUCAUCAUAAUACACCAGCUGUUUGUAAAGCUCAAGUUCUUGAAAUAUUAUCAAAGUGGCCAUUAUUUGGAUCAAGUUUCUUUGCUGUUAAAAGAGUACCAGAAAAUGGUAAAGAAAAAGGAGGUGAUCAUAUUUUAGCACUUAAUCGUCAUGGUGUACAUUUUAUUGAUUUAAUAUCACACGUAACUUUGUAUCAUUAUGCUUACUCAGAAGUUAUAUCAACACGUAAAGUCAAGUCAGAAGAGGGUUCACUUUAUUUAGAUAUGAAAUGUGGAAAUUUAAUGCAACAACGUAUAACAAGAUUACAAACUGAACAGGCACAUGAAAUAUCAAGACUUAUUCGUCAAUACAUAACAAUGGAACAACGAACAACAAAUAAUCAAGCAACUGGAAUGGCAUAUGGAUUGAGAUAAUUAUUAAUUUAAUAAAAUUAAUAUUUUAUAAUU